CUCACACAACCUAAAACCCUUCUCUUUCGCCCCGAAAUCCAUCUCCAUCCCCAUCUCCAGUUCUCGCUGGUCGGAGAUGACUUACGCCGGCUUCAAGAUUCUACAUCCGGCGACGGGGAUCGAGAAUUGUGCCUCCGGCUUCGUCACCCACUCCCCCUCGGAAUCCGUUCCCAAGAUCGCCGUUGUUCAGUCUGGCGACGAUCUAGAGGCAGAGUGGCCUGCCCGCCGCUCACUCGGCGCCGUACCCAAUCUUAUUGUCACGGCUGGGAACAUCCUCGAGGUGUACGUCGUCCGGGUCCAGGAGGACGAUGCCAGGUCUUCACAGCCCUCCGCUGAUCCCCGUAGCAGUGGUGGCGUUAUGGACGGGAUUCGUGGGGCUCGCCUUGAGCUAGUCUGCCAUUAUAGACUACAUGGUAAUGUGGAGUCAAUGGCCAUACUUUCAGUUGGAGGUGAUGAUCAGAGCAAAAAGAGAGAUUCCAUAGUGUUAGCCUUCCGAGAUGCAAAAAUAUCUGUUCUUGAAUAUGAUGAUGCGGCACAUGGAUUACGGACUAGUUCUAUGCACUGUUUUGAGGGUCCAGAAUGGCGUUAUUUAAAGAGGGGUAGAGAAUCAUUUGACAGGGGUCCUCUUGUAAAGGCUGACCCCCUUGGUCGAUGUGGUGGGGUUCUUCUGUAUGGCCUUCAAAUGAUAAUUCUCAAGGCUGCUCAGGCUGGCCAAGGUCUUGUUGGAGAGGAUGAGCUUGCUGGUGUGGGCAGUAAUGUUUCAGUCCGCGUUGAGUCAUCCUAUAUAAUUGACUUACGUGAUUUGGAUAUGAAGCAUGUUAAAGAUUUUACAUUUAUACAUGGAUAUAUUGAGCCUGUUAUGGUCAUUCUUCAAGAAAAGGAGCCUUCAUGGGCAGGGCGUAUCCCAUGGAAGCAUAGCACGUGCAUGAUAUCCGCUAUUAGUAUCAGCACGGCUUUGAAACAACAUCCUCCUCUCAUAUGGUCUGCUGCUAAUCUUCCAUAUGAUGCUUACAAACUUGUUCCAGUGCCUCCCCCAAUUGGUGGUGUUCUUGUAAUCUGUGCAAAUAGCAUUCAUUACCACAGUCAGGAAAGUGUAUCAUGUGCUCUUGUUCUCAAUGGUUUCUAUGUUCAAUCUGAAAGCAGCUCAGAAAUGCUCAAAUCAAACUUCAGUGUGGAGCUUGAUGCGGCCCAUGCAGCAUGGUUGUCGUAUGAUGCAAUUCUAACAACGAAAACUGGGGAGUUACUAUUGCUCACCUUGGUUUAUGAUGGGAGGGUAGUGCAGAGACUUGAUCUGAUGAAAUCUAAAGCUUCAGUUUUAACAUCAGGUAUAGCCACAAUCGGAAAUUCAUUCUUUUUCUUAGGCAGCCGCCUAGGUGACAGCCUUCUCGUACAAUAUAGCCAUGGGCCAUCAAUAAUGACUUCUUCCCAUGCGAAAGAUGAGGGUGCAGACAUUGAAGGUGAUGGUUCAUUGGGCAAGCCCUUACGAAGGUCAUCAUCUGAUGUUUUGCAGGAUGUUGCUAGUGGUGAGGAGCUUUCUUUGUAUUCUACGGCCCCAAAUAGCUCGGAAUCAGCACAGAAAAUCUCAUAUGCAGUCAGGGAUUCAUUGAUAAAUAUAGGUCCACUAAAGGAUUUCUCUUAUGGUUAUAGAAUCAAUGCUGAUCUUAAUGCAACAGGAAUUACCAAACAGAGCAACUAUGAACUGGUUUGUUGCUCUGGGCAUGGAAAGAAUGGCGCUGUUUGUGUGCUUCAGCAAUCUAUUCGCCCUGAAUCAAUUACCCAGGUAGAGUUACCUGGCUGCAAGGGUAUAUGGACUGUGUAUCAUAAAAGCUCACGUGGUCACACAACUGAUCCUUCUAAAAUAACCACAGAAGAUGAUGAAUAUCAUGCGUACCUUAUCAUAAGUAUGGAGUCUAGAACAAUGGUUCUUGAAACCGCUGAUGACUUGGGGGAGGUUACUGAACGUGUGGAUUACUAUGUACAAGGAAGCACGAUUGCAGCGGGAAACUUGUUUGGAAGACGGCGGGUUGUCCAAAUUUAUGGUUGUGGUGCUCGGAUUCUUGAUGGUUCUUACAUGACCCAGGAGUUGAACUUUGUUGUGCAAAAUUCUGAGCCUGCUUCCAAUUCAGACUCUUUCACUGUGUCAUUUGUUUCCAUAGCUGACCCUUAUGUUUUAGUGAAGAUGGUAGAUGGCAGUAUUCAGCUUCUUGUUGGAGAUCCAUCUACUUGUACCAUGUCUGUUAAUGUCCCACCUAUUGCAACCUCAAAUGAACCAAUAUCUGCUUGUACGCUUUACCAUGAUAAAGGGCCAGAACCAUGGCUUCGGAAGACAAGCACUGAUGCAUGGCUUUCUUCAGGAGUUGCUGAGGCUGUUGAUGGGAACGAUGGAUUGUAUCAGUUUCAAGGCGAUAUAUAUUGUCUAAUUUGUUAUGUAAGUGGUAGACUGGACAUUUAUGAAGUCCCUAGCUUCAGAUGUGUUUUCUCAGUGGAUAAUUUCAUUUCUGGAAAGACACAUGUUGUGGAUAAACAUAUUUGGGCACCUUCCUGGAACCUUCACAAAAUCAAGAAUAAAAAUUUAGAAGAAACUACAGGACAGCAAAGGAAGGAGCCUGCGCAGAGUAUGAGGAUAACUGAGCUGGCCAUGUAUAGGUGGCCUAGCCAGUAUAGUCGGCCAUUUCUUUUUGCAAUACUAAAUGAUGGAACAAUGCUAUGUUAUCAUGCUUACUUGUAUGAAGGUGCAGAGGGUGCAAACAAAGUCGAAGAUGGUUUGUCUCCACAUGAUUCUGUUGAUCUGAGCGGUGCAGGCACCUCAAGACUUAGAAAUUUGAGGUUUCUUCGUGUUGCAAUUGACACUAUGACAAGGGAAGAGCCAUCAGAUGUUGUUUCUGGUCCAAGAAUGACAAUUUUCACUAAUGUUGGGGGAUAUCAAGGUUUCUUCCUCACUGGAUCUAGACCUGCUUGGGUUUUUGUUUCUAGGGAACGACUUCGAGUCCAUCCGCAGCGGUGUGAUGGGCCUAUAGUUGCGUUUACGAAUCUGCAUAAUGUCAAUUGCAAUCAUGGACUGAUAUAUGUUACUUCACAGGGUCUCCUGAAAAUAUGUCAACUUCCAACCGCUUUUAGUUAUGAUAACUAUUGGCCAGUUCAAAAGGUACCUUUGAAGGCUACGCCACAUCAGAUCGCCUACUUCGCUGAAAAGAAUCUAUAUCCCCUUAUCUUGUCGGUUCCUGUUGUCAAGCCAUUAAAUCAAGUGCUUUCAUCAAUGAUUGAUCAAGAUAUUGGUUAUCAGAUGGACCGUGAUAAGUUAACUGAUGAUUCAGAUAAGACUUACACCAUUGAUGAGUUUGAGGUUCGAAUUAUGGAGCCUGAAAAAUCCAGUGGCCGCUGGGAAACACGGGCUACAAUUCCAAUGCAAAAUUUUGAGCAUGCUCUGACAUUGCGUGUGGUGACAUUAUUGAACACAACAACGAUGGAAAAUGAGGUUCUUUUGGCUAUUGGGACAGCUUAUGUGCAAGGAGAGGAUGUGGCUGCCAGAGGACGAGUGCUGCUAUAUUCUAUAGGGAAAAAUACUGAGAAUCCAGAUAAUCUGGUAUCUGAGGUUUAUUCAAAGGAAUUGAAGGGAGCUAUCUCAGCCUUAGCAUCUCUUCAAGGUCACUUAUUGAUAGCAUCUGGUCCAAAAAUUAUUUUGCACAAGUGGACUGGUGCUGAGUUGAAUGGGGUUGCAUUCUAUGAUGCUCCUCUCCAUGUUGUGAGCAUGAACAUUGUCAAGAAUUUUGUUCUGUUGGGUGAUAUUCAUAAAAGUAUUUACUUUCUUAAUUGGAAAGAGCAAGGCGCUCAGUUGACUAUGCUGUCAAAAGAUUUUGGAUCACUUGAUUGUUAUGCGACAGAAUUUUUAAUUGACGGAACUCAGCUUAGUAUGGUGGUUUCAGAUGAUCAGAAGAAUAUUCAGAUUUUCUACUAUGCCCCGAAAUCACCGGAAAGCUGGAAAGGGCAGAAGCUUCUAUCUAGAGCUGAGUUUCAUGCUGGAGCUCAUGUGAUGAAGUUCUGGAGAUUGCAGAUGCCCCCAAAUGCUUCUGAUCGAACCCCUGCAUCAGUAGCAUCUGAAAAAUCCAACCGUUUUGCUCUAUUGUUUUGUACGUUAGAUGGAAGCAUUGGAUGUGUAGCAGCACUUGAUGAGCUUACCUUCCGCAGGCUUCAAACCCUCCAAAGGAAAUUGGUUGAUGCCAUUCCCCAUGUGUGUGGUUUGAAUCCGAGAUCAUUCCGGCAGUUUCAUUCAAAUGGAAAGGUGCAUCGUCCUGGCCCAGAUAAUAUGAUAGAUUGUGAACUUCUCUCAGAGUAUGAGAUGAUGUCACUUGAGGAGCAGCUGGAUAUUGCACAUCAGAUUGGAACCACGCGCGCACAGAUUCUGUUGAACCUGACUGAUCUUUCCCAUGGAACUAGCUUCUUAUGAUCAUGGCAGUGGAUUUCUUCUCUACAACUCAACAAGAGUACAUCUCCUUCAUUUCUGCGAAAAACAUGUCGUAGUUUGAAUGUUGCUGUGAAUGACUUAACAUCCGGCUCAUGCCGGUGGGCUUUGAGUAAUGUUUUUCAUCCACCAAUGACUGACUGGCUGAUUUUUAUAGAGGGAAUGUGAUGCUGAAGAAAAUUUAUACUACAGGUCUUCAUGGUGCACUGAUCAUAGUACUUAUAUUUCCUCAAGUAACCUUAUGGUGUCUGUUUAAUGUAUGUUGAAUUCCUUAAUCAUAAGGUUGUGUUUAGCCAAAUGUAGGAUAUUUAGCUUUGCACCUAAACAACAAAUGUAAUGUGAUGUUGUUCAAGAGGUCCAGUUCUGAUUAUAUGGCUGAUAAACCUCAUGUUAUUUAGACUUGAUGGAAAUUUAAUUUUUCUUUGCUUGUUGGGUUGGA